AUGAACUCCCAGCAAACACCGUCGGGCCCACGCCCUCACGACUCAGCACUGCUGAAGAUCAUCAAUUGGCACAAACUCUUCGAUUCUGACUCCCCUCCACGGUUGGGAAUGGAAGUGAGAAAGCGUCUCCCAUAUACCACAUUUUCCGCGUUUACCGUCGGUAUGGCCAUUGGCUCCUCCCAUGGCAGCAAAAAAGCUUCGUACAAGUUUCGCGCAGAGAACGCGCAUCGUUUCCCCACGACAUCGAGCGGAUGGUUUCAGUAUCACAAGACAAAGAACUACACAUCGAUUGUAGGAGGUGUGAAAGAAGGGACAAAGAUGGGUCUCAAACUUGGUACUGGUGCUUUGGCUUUCAGUCUCUUUGAGGAGGCGGUGGAUUAUGCCCGGCAUGACCAGAGGGAUUUUCUGUCUACAGUUACAGCUGGCUUAUCUUUCUCUGGGAUCUACAGCCUGCUUGCCCGUCAUGAUGUGUAUACCGCCGCGCGGACGACUAAGCUUGGUCUGAAACUCUCCCUGGCCUACGGGUUGAUGCAGGAUGGCCUGGAGUCACUCAAGGGCAACCGACCUGCAUAUAUCGACUUCUUAUUAGGAAACCGUCGGUCGGGAGUCCAGGAUGGUGGUUCAGUUUGA